ACUGAAGCAUGUAAGGCUAUUUAAAUACAACCAGAGUCUCACAAGAUUGUUCAGAUGUAUAUUUCACAGUGCAAAAAAUGAAAAAAGCUAGGGGGGAAAGGUUUACGAGUGGACGAAUGUACAACUCCAGACAGACCUGAUUGGUGUUUACAGUGGUUGGCCCAUCUAGACUGGUUAAAGAGACCCAGAGCGAAGCGUGAGUUAAAUGAAUGAACGGUUCUUGGUUCUUUUCUGCACCAUGUACUCUUCCUGAACCUUGAGUUUAUCUAUGAGAAGCAAUCAAAUUCUACUUCUUCUGUCCACUGAUGCUUGAGUUGCAGUUCGUAAAGCCUGAUGGGAGCGGGGAUGGCACGGUUAAAAUCAAACGGACAGAGAACGUAAGAGCUGGAGGUCUUUUCUCCUGUAAAACUGUGUUGGGCGGGGGGGGUGAAAGCCAGCUAUUGGUCUUUCAUGGUGCACCCGGAGCAGGACUGUUGCAUCGAAGACCAACUUGCAGUGGACCACGAUUAGAGAGUGAAACUCUCGCUGACGAACACAGCACCUAAAUAGCUUCUAUGGAGAGAAAACAUGAGAUUUGCAGCCCAUUCAUUCCACGGCGCAACCCUGCGAGGAAAACAAGUGCAGAAAUAAUCACUGAAGCCAGACAGUCCCUUCGAGUCCAGUCUACCCAGCGACCGUUCACUCCCAGAGAUGGACACAGGCAACUUUUUGGAAAUAGCUCUGUUCGUGCAGACCGUGACAACAGACCUCCAUCUACCUUUAGUCUUCAUGCUCAAAGUUUUGAUGCUCCUGACUCCAGGCCAGGUUCAGGGACUCGCCUCUCUCCUCUGGACCAUAAGCCAAAGUUUCCAGUCCUCUGUGAUGAUGAGGAUCCAUUCAAGGCCUUACCCAAACCCCCCACUGUCCCACUGGAAGUUAAGAGGGGGCUGCCAGGAGGGCGGGCACGUCUCGUCCGGUCUGGAUCUCUCACCGUGUUGUCUCCUGUAGAGGGACACAUAGAUGUGAAAGAGCACUUAAAUCCAGGCCUGGGACAAAAGCAGCCGUCAGCUAAACGACUCCCCAGCACUGACCACACUGAGGUUCGCAGUGGUCCCCUUAAAACUGGCCAAUGCAGAACAGCCAGUGAAAGUCGAAUAAUGCAGCCUGGUGUUGACUCAGGCGUUAGACUCACAGAGGGCAGAGCAGGAUGGAAAACAGAGCUUGGGAAUGGAGACACCAAGAGCACAGAGGAGGAUGCAGAGUCAUUGGUGUGGAAUAAUAUGAUUGCUCCUCUUCUCCAACAACUAGAGAGCAUGGCUGCAGGCAGCUCUGAGGGCUCACUGGACAGUCUGUGUGAUUUGUGUGACGGUCUCCAUGGCACCUUAGCAGAAGCAGACAUGCUCGGCCGACGCUGUAAGAGGAGGUCAGGGAUACUUCGAACACUGUUCCGCCUCAUCGACCUCAACUCUGCCCAGCUUAACCUGCACAUUGCCAAGCUCUGCCUCGCUCUGUGUGUCAGUGGAAACAACCUGCUUAACAUCUGUAAGCUCAUCUUCCAAAUAAGCCGCAGUGAAAGCAACGACAUCCUCUUUCAGAACAACUCUAUCCUAGGCUCUGUUCUGGGUGUUUUAAGCAACGAGGAUGUAUCUUCAUCUGGGGAAGCUCUGCUGUACUGUGUUGGGACUUGGAAAUUUCUCUCAGGAAACAGUGCACUCCUCAGACUUCUGCUGGACAAGAACUGUGUUGGUGUGGCUCAGAAACUCAUUCAGAGGCUCUGCACAGCAGAGGACACCAACUUCACUAUAGCAGGGCACAUCCUUGUGCAGCUGACAGCGACUUUGAGGAACCUCGCAGAUCACCCAGAUUCCCGCCCACUCUUCAUCUCCUUCUCUAUGCUGUCAGAACUCUGUCUGGUACUUCGUCAUCACUGCAAAGACCUGGACAUCUGCACCAACAUUUCCAGAAUAUAUAGUAAACUCUCCUCUUACUCGGAGUGCCGCCUCGCUCUGGCCCAGACCCCUGACUGCUACCAACUAUUUUUAGAACUGCUGAGCAAACAUCACCAAAAACAGGACCUUGUCGUGCGCCUUCUUUUCACCCUCGGGAACCUCACAGCCAAAAGCGAAGAGGCUCGGCAGCAGCUCUUUCAGUGCAAGGCCUGCAUGGACACACUCCUGCAGCUGUACGACACCUACCAGUGCAGAGACAACUCACCACACACACCCCCACAGAAAGGCCUGCUUUUCCCCAGCGAGCCUCAGGCCCCUCCGAGGAGUGUGCAGGUGGAUGAGGACGUGCUGGUGAAGCUGGUCAGGGUGCUGGCGAAUAUGUGCAUCCACCCGGCUGUAGGUCCAGCUUUGGCAGACAACACAAUCUGCAUUCAGCUGCUGAUGGAGACAAUUGAGCUGAGGUCCGUGCAGGAAAGCGAUGAACUAUUGGUGAAUGUGGCUGCCACCAUCAACAACCUGUCUUUUUACCAGGAGGAGAGCUCUGUACUCAGACGCAGUCGACUCACCAUUGCAAAGUUGAUGUUGAAGUUGGUGCUCAGCCCAAGUAGGGACGCCAUGCUUGAAGCCACCCGUGUAUAUGGAAAUUUGUCACAGUUCAAGGAUGUGAGGGACUUUAUUAUGCAAAACAAAGUGCACCGGUUUGUAGUGACGCUGCUCGACUCAAAAAGCACUGAGAUGUGUUUUUCAGCCUGCGGGGUCCUCACCAACCUGGCUCUGGACCCUGCCAACAGGGACAGUCUCUCGGUGGAGGGGGCUGCUGCCAAGCUUGUGGACUGUCUGAGAGACUUCGUACCACGUGAUUGGCAGCUGGCGGGCCAGGUUUGUCAGGCGUUGUGGAACAUGAUCGUCUGUGGCUCAGAGAAGCUGCUGGACACACGGGAGAGAGAGUCACUGCUGGAGAUCCUCACCACAUUCUUAGAUGAACAGGAGGCUCUGAAGUGGAUAGAAAAUGAAGAUAUGAGAGAUUUCCACAGGGCAUGCUGGGAGUUAGAGUUCAUACCUGUAGCUCAAAAACUGAUAAAGACGCUCCGGCCUCUGGACCUAACAGCCUGACAAAGUUUGAGUUGCAUGUUGUCAUAGAAAUCUUAGUACUGUUUUAAACUUUUCAAUACACAUUCUAACUAUUAUAAACUUACUUCCAGUGGGUU